AUGAGUGGACCUACGCACGAUGCAAAGUGUCUCAUCAACGAAUCACCUGCAGCCUUCUUCUACUGGCUCGAAUCACAAGGUGUCGAUGCCGAAACACGCUUCCUUUUUGAGCAACACAUGGUCGAUGGCUUCACUUUUGCGAUGCUUACAGUAAAUGACCUUCGUGAGAUGGGCGUCGCUAAAGUGGGUAUUCUCAAAAAGCUCCUUUUUUUAAUCGACGUAUGGCGUUCUCGACACCAAACUUCUUGUUGUUCCUGUUUGGAUAUCCUCUCUGGGGGUGAUUUAGACUACUCCCAUUACUCUGAGUCCUGCCGAUUCUUCUCUGACUCCCCAAUUUGUGAAUUGAAACCAAAGAUUUGGAAAGUCAUUAUCAGUGCCAUCUAUGCCUUUCUUUCCCUCGGUGUCACCUCUUUCGUCAUGGUUCUAGCCCAUGAGCGCCUGCCUGAUAUAUCCAAGUAUCCCCCACUUCCAGACAUCCUGCUGGACAACCUGCCGUACAUCCCCUGGGCAUUCGAGGCGGCUGAACUGAUUGCUCUCUGUCUAUGCCUUAUUUGGUUUACUGUCCUCUUCUUCCACAAACAUCGCCUCAUUCUCUUCCGUCGCUACUGCUCGCUUCUGGGAACCGUCUUCCUACUGCGCUCUAUCACCAUGAUUAUUACCUCGCUGAGUGUGCCUGGAAAGCAUCUCCUGACUGAGUGUCGGCCCUUCGUUUUCGACUCCUAUCGGGAAAAGUUUGCACGGGCCGCUGAAAUUUGGUUUGGAAUGGGCAUGACUCUGCGAGGAGUGAGAACCUGCGGUGACUAUAUGUUCAGCGGACACACGACCGUAAUAACAAUGCUCAACUUCUUUAUUACUGAAUACACACCCUGCCGCCUGAACCGCCUGCACAACUUCACUUGGGUGCUCAACGUCUUCGGGGUCUUCUUCAUCUUAGCAGCGCACGAGCACUAUUCCAUCGAUGUCUUUGUUGCCAUCUAUAUUACCUCGCGUCUCUUCCUCUACUACCACUGGCAGGCCAACAACCACCACCUCCUCCAUUGUGACAUGCGACGUGCUCAGAUUUGGUUUCCUCUCCUCACCUUCUUCGAAUCGGAUGUGCGUGGUACGGUGCCUCACGAGUUUUCCAAUCCGCUGCGCCAGGCUGUGCGUCUUUUGCGAAAACGCCAUUUUCGGUGGAUUGCGGCACCGCUGGCAGCCGUCUCGCUCUGCUUCACUGCUCAUUCCUCCACCUCUGUCGCCCCAUCAGUCUCUCCUGUCACCGUUCCCGCCUCUCCUGCGCAGAACGAGAAGCACGAGUAA